GACACCGCAUGCAUGGUUCUGCGCAGAGGACAUGCCUUUGGGGGGGACGAGUAGGCGUCGCCGCCUAGCGCGCCUGUCCACUCUUCCUUGCAUUGAGUCGUCGCCCUUUCCAACCGCUCCUAACACGCCCGUUCCUCUAUUGCUUUCUGUUUGUGUGUGCGCGUGUGGGGUUAUGGCCUCUCCGAGCCACCGAGUCUGCAGACUCGGAUUUCGCCAUGUCGCAAACCGAAAUUUGGCUUUUCAAAUCGUCAACCCAACCCCUUCGCCCCUCCCAACCACACAGCAUCCCACCCAAUCUGCGACUUCCAAGCAACACCCAAAGAAAUCUCCUUCCUCUCCCUCUCUACUCUACUCCAGCAGGGUUCAGCGCAGUGCACUCCUACGACGAAAUCAGGGUACAAGUAAACUGGCGCGCUAACUUCAGUCAUUUCUACUUCCAAGCUAGCGCGACUAGCUAGCUGGUUUUUUAGCGACUGUUGCUAUGUCGAACCCUCCACCUAGUCCUGGUUCCCACGGAACCGACGCGGGAACCUCCUGUGCUGCGUCUUCCUCUGACGAGCUCCUGGAGAACUCCACCCACGCUAUCUUUAAGCAUUUCAAGCGCGAGGUUCGGAAAUGCGAGGAGGUAGGGAAGGAGGAGCAGGCUGCCGUCCGCGCGUUCCAAACCGCCAAAGUGCUCGCGAGGGAGGAGGCGCAUAGGGCGGAGGAGUCGGCCCUCGACGCCGUUAGUGGUCGGGGAAAGCGGAAGAUCACCGAUUACCUGUCCGAUGACGCCCAAGCGGCCAAGGCGGCGGCGGACGAGGCUAUUUGCCUCCUCUUUGCCGGCCUCCGCCUUCCCGAGCGCCAUGCCGACCACCCGCUUUGGCGCAACGCCGUCCGGUCCAUCGCGCGCGCGGGGACCAGCUAUGUGCCUCCAAAGCGCGACUACGUGGGUGGUGCCGGCUUGCAGCUAUGCCGCAAGCGGAUUGACGAGGGAUUGACGGGCGUCAUGUCGAGCUGGAAGCGCCACGGCGUGACGAUUGCCAGCGACAUGAUGACCGACAAGUGUGGCAGGCCGCAGGCGAAUGUGAUGCUGGUCAAUGACACCGGUGCAGUGUUCGUCGAGAGUAUUGACUGCAAGAUGGAGAAAAAGACCGGGGGAUACAUCGCCCGGCUCCUCCGGCCCAUCCUGCAAAAAGUUGGGGUCGAGAACAUCGUGGCAUUCUGCACCGAUGGCGGCAGCAACUACCACAGCGCCUGCCGGCUCCUCAUUGCAGAGAAUCCGCGCAUCGAGCAUGUGCCGUGUGCGACGCACGUGCUCGACCUCCUUAUGGAGGAUGUGGGACGGCAGGCUUGGGCCAAGGAGGUAGUGGGGCGGGCGAGCGAGCUCAUCAACUACACCCGCAGCCACCAUUGGACCCGACAGUAUCUCAGGGGUGUGGACGGAGGGAAGGGGCUGCAGAUGCUGAGGCCGGCGGGGACCAGGUUUGGGACGCAGCACAUUGCUGUGUCCCGCCUGGUGGAGUUGCGGUCAACGCUGGUGACCAUGGUGCUCUGCGAUGCAUGGAAGGCGGAGUGGGCGGUGGGCCCAAAGAAGGCAGCUGCAGAGACAUUCCACGACCAGAUCAUGGAUAAGGACUGGUGGCCAGCGGCUGAGCUCUUCAAGAGGCUGCUCCUGCUCCCGUUCAAGGCCAUGAGGGCGACGGAUUCGGCAACGAAAGGGAUGAUGGGCCGCAUCUAUGAGCUGAUGCUUGAGCUCACUGCCAUCAGUGACCGGAAGUUGGUGAAGGAAGGAAGUUAUUCCAUGGAGGCGUGGUGGGAGUGGCACGGCACUGACCACCCCUUGCUCAUGGCCCUUGCUUGCCGUGUGCUAACUCAGCCGGUGUCUGCAUCCAGCUGCGAGCGCAACUGGGCGGUGUGGGAUACUGUCCACACCGCCCGACGCAACCGGCUGGGUUCAGAAAAGUGCAAGGAUCUGGUUUACGUUGCGCACAACUGGAAGGUUGUGCACAACUGGCACAUGGCCGACGAGGGGGCGGGGGUGGUGUCCGGUCACUUGGCAGCAGCAGCUAGUAGCAGCAGAGGGGGGGCAGCAACAGCAGAGGGGCAGCAGCAGCAGAUGGGGCAGCGGCUAGCAAGCUAGGGUUUAGGGGGUGAGGAGUGAGCGAGGUAAGGUACGGUAAGGUACGGUAAGGUACGGUAGGGUACGGUAAGGUACGGUAAGGUACGGUAAGGUAACGUUCAUCAGCCUCGGAUGCUGCAUCAUAUCAGCCAUCAUAUCAUAUCGGAGGACUCCUAGAGGAGUGACAGGAGGAGCAAAAGGAGGAGCAAAAGGAGGAGCAAAAGGAGGAGCAAAAGGAGGGGCAAAAGGAGGAGCAAAAGGAGGGGCAAAAGGAGGAGCAAAAGGAGGAGCAAAAGGAGAAACUAUUGACCUUACCUUUCUCGCCCUCUUGUUGCCCUGUAGGCUUAAACCCUCUCCUCUGCCACACUCUCACCGCACCUCCCCACUUGUGCCCUAGACAUACCUUGGCGGGCUCCAAACCCCCAGAUUGUGGUGGAAUUGAUUCAAACCCCCAGAGUAUGGUGGGGAGAGGGGGUUUCAGACCCCAAAUACAAGGUGACACAGGGCGGUUCAGUCCACCUCCGUCCAACUGCCUCCGUCCAACCCAACCACCUCUGUCCAACCCACCACCGUCCAACCUCCUCCGUCCAACCACCUCCGUCCAACCACCUCCGUCCAACCACCUCCGUCCAACCACCUCCGUCCAACCACCUCCGUCCAACAACCUCCGUCCAACCACCUGCGUCCAACCCACCUGCAUCCAACCACCUGCGUCCAACCACCUCCGUCCAGGCACCUCCGUCCAACCACCUCCGUCCUGAGAGUCAGGGAACAGGGCUGAGAGUCUCCUAGGGUUUGUUGAGUGCAGCAAUUGACCGGUGAGGUGGAUGGGGCGCAGGGCAUGGGUGGUGGUGAGACGCAGGGUAUGGGGGUCGUGGGAUGCACGGUAAGGGGAGGAGGGGUUGGAUGCUAGGUGUGUUUUGGCAGCAGGGGAAGGUGAGUUUGAGAGGCAUGUUGGACUGCGCAGCCAUACGCCAAGAGAAAUGAUUUUAGUAGAACGUCAAUGAGGCAACAGACAGUGAGAGUUGAGUUCUUGAACCGCCCUGCAUACAUGUUGUACCUUCUGAUGCGUGUGAUGUGGACUAUGGU